AUGAAAAAGAAUAAACAAAGUGAGUUGCACGAAUGCGGUAUUUGUGGUAAAAGUUUUAGUCGGAUAGGACAUCUCAGAAACCACCAACUUACGCACACCGGAGAGCGACCACAUAAGUGUGAAAUUUGUGGCAAGGGAUUUACACGGAAAAAUGACUUAGGACGCCAUUUGCGAUUGCACUUUCCGAAUGAGACACAAAAGCACCGGAAAAUAGUUAAACAAAGUAAGUUGCAGGAAUGCGGUAUUUGUGGUAAACGUUUCAGUCGGAUAGGACAUCUCAGAAACCACCAACUUACGCACACCGGAGAGCGACCACAUAAGUGUGAAAUUUGUGGCAAGGGAUUUACACGGAAAAAUGACUUGGGACGCCAUUUGCGAUUGCACUUUCCGAAUGAGACACAAAAGCACCGGAAAAUAGUUAAACAAAGUAAGUUGCAGGAAUGCGGUAUUUGUGGUAAAAGUUUUAGUCGGAUAGGACAUCUCAGAAACCACCAACUUACGCACACCGGAGAGCGACCACAUAAUUGGAUCAGUCAUCUCAGAAACCACCAAACGAAACACACUGGAAAACGACCACAUAAGUGCGAAAUUUGUGGCAAAGGAUUUACACAAAAUAGUUAUUUAAGAGCCCACCUGAGAUUUCAUUUUUUCGAUCAGCCACAAAAUCAACAAAAAUGUGGAGUUUGCGGGAAAGUACUCAGCGAUGUGCAGAAUAAGACUAUUCACAUGAAGCAACAUACAGGAGAAAGAAAAUAUAAAUGUGAAAAAUGUGGGAAAGGCAUUUCUGAUAUUGGUAAAAAAAAUCUAACAGCAAAGAUGUUUGUGUGUGAAAUCUGUGGGCGAUCAUGUGGAUGCAAGGCUUACCUUACUCAUCAUAUACUCACACAUACAAAGAAGAAAAUGUUUGAAUGUACUAUUUGCGAUAAGUUAUUCGCACGCAAAUGUAAUUUAAAGAUUCAUAUGAGAAGACAUACUAAUGAAUAUCAAUUCAAAUGUGAUAUAUGUGGCGUCAUCAAGGUGCAACAAUGGGAACUGAAUAUCCAUAUGCGUACACACACAGGUGAAAAACCGUUUAUCUGUGAAUUGUGUGGGAAGGCAUUUAGUCAGAACAGUUAUCGAAAUAUUCACAUGCAAACACAUUCAAACGAAAAGCCGUAUGCAUGUGAGAUAUGCGGGAAGAGAUUUGCCGUUAAAAGAUAUGUCAAGAGACACAUGGGACGGACUCAUUCGAAAUUCAAAAAUAUCUCAAUUACAGACAAAGUUGGGCAGGAACAAACUGAUCACGUAUAUUCAGAGACCAGCGUUAUGUCUUACGAGAUCGAUCAAAACAAAAAGAUAUCACCGAAUAAAGCCCGAACACUUCAAGUAUUUAAAAUCAAGGAAGAGUUGUACACAGAAUUAGAUGACGAAUAACUUUAUAACCUGCCCAGACUGAUAGAAACAUGCUCUUAUCGCUGAUUCAUAUAUGCCACAUCCCAUGUGGCCGAUGCGUGCAAAAGUAUUUCGGUUCACUCGGGAACAGUAGUUUUUGCUAUACAACUGAGGUAAUCGUGUGGAAGAGAUUUGAUGGUUUCCUCCUGGUUAGUGUAGUGAUGCAGCCCCCAUCCCUAUAUUUGGAAUGUUGAACAGCAAAGUAUUACCGAACUCAACUUGUAAAUCUUGUAGACUGUAGUGUCUUAUUGACUU